AGACGGGCCUGCGCGGCCGCCGUAGUCGGAGUCGCUUCUGCGCCGGAAGCCCUGCUGCCCCGCUUCCUGGUUCGUGCGCAGCUUUCGUUCCCUUGCUAUCUCGGCCCUGGUCUCGCACCUGCAGCUGCCGCAUUCUUCCUAGAAUCAGCGGUCCCAUCUCCUGUUUUCCUGAGGCUGCCCUGACCUUACUCGUAUCUCCACCGAGGACCGCGGACUUCAUUUCCGCCACUACCUCAACACUUCCGGGACCUCGGGAAGCGGCCCGUUGCCAUGGCGACCGUGUACACAACCUGGCAGCUGCGCGCGCGGGUUUUCCUUCGCAGCAGUUGCAGUGGUGGUGCUGCGGCGCAGCUGCUGCCUCUGGAGCGUAGUGACCGAAGAUGGACCCACAUGUGGAGAUGCAGCACCCCUCUGACUUCCAACCAUGACCAUCACCACCAACCACCGUUUCUUGGGCACCUGCUCUGUGCUGGGUGCUGCUGUAGACUUUGAGGGGGGUCAGAUAAGAGGCACAGUCCUUCCCCCAGCAGCUUGUCAUGUCGUUGGGGAGCUCAAACCCGCUCAGAUGAUGGGGCGUAAGAACAGGAACAAGCAUCUCACGAGAAUGAGCACUAGGAAAAAAGUGCACGCGUUUGUCCGUGUCAGACCCACCGAUGACUUUGCUCAUGAGAUGAUCAGAUACGGCGACGACAACAAAACUAUCGAUAUUCACUUAAAAAAAGAUGUUCGGAGAGGAGUUGUCAAUAACCAGCAGACAGACUGGUCCUUCAAGCUGGACGGGGUUCUCCACGACGCCUCCCAGGACCUGGUCUACGAGACCGUGGCCAAGGACGUGGUUGCGCAGGCCCUCGAGGGCUACAACGGCACCAUCAUGUGUUAUGGACAGACAGGCGCUGGCAAGACUUACACCAUGACGGGGACCACGGAGAACUACAAGCACCGAGGGAUCCUGCCCCGGGCCCUGCAGCAGGUUUUCAGGAUGAUCGAGGAGCGCCCCACGCACGCCAUCACGGUGCGCCUCUCCUACCUGGAGAUCUACAACGAGAGCCUGUUCGACCUCCUGUCCACGCUGCCCUACGUGGGGCCCUCGGCCACGCCCGUGGCCGUCGUGGAAAACCCCCACGGGGUCUUCAUCAAGGGCCUGUCGGUCCACCUCGCGAGUCAGGAGGAGGACGCUUUCAGCCUCCUCUUCGAGGGAGAAACCAACCGUAUCAUCGGCUCCCACACGAUGAACAAGAACUCGUCCAGGUCCCACUGCAUCUUCACCAUCUACGUGGAGGCCCGUUCACGGACCUUAUCGGAUGAAAAGUACAUCACUUCCAAAAUUAACCUGGUGGAUCUAGCAGGCUCGGAACGGCUGGGCAAGUCUGGGUCCGAGGGCCGAGUCCUGAAGGAAGCCACCUACAUCAACAAGUCGCUGUCCUUCCUGGAGCAGGCCAUCAUCGCCCUCGGGGACCAGAAGCGGGAGCACAUCCCCUUCCGGCAGUGCAAGCUCACCCACGCCCUCAAGGACUCGCUAGGGGGGAACUGCAACAUGGUCCUGGUGGCGAACAUCUACGGAGAAGCCGCCCAGCUGGACGAGACGCUGUCCUCGCUGCGGUUCGCCAGCAGGAUGAAGCUCCUCUCUGACUGUCCGCUCCGCCCCACGAUGCUUCCCUGGCAGCGGAUGGUCAAGAACCUGGAGAAGGAGCUGGUGCUGCUCAAGCAGGAGCUGGCUAUCCACGACAGCCUGGCCAACCGCUCCCAUGUGAACUAUGACCCCAUGGACGAGGUCCAGAUCGCGGAGAUCAACUCCCAGGUGCGGCGGUACCUGGACGGGGCGCUGGACGAGAUCGAUAUAAUCAACCUCAGACAGAUCCAGGAGGUGUUCAACCAGUUCCGGGUGGUUCUGACCCAACAGGAGCAGGAGGUGGAAGCCGCUUUGCGCCGCAAGUACACCCUCAUAGACAAGAACGACUUUGCGGCCAUUUCUGCUGUCCAGAAGGCAGGGCUGAUGGAUGCUGACGGCCACCUGGUGGGUGAGUCUGACGGACAAGGCUUUGGACUUGGGGUUGCCUCUUACUCUAGCAAACCUGGGAAGAAAACCAAGUCCAGGAGGACAUUGAAAGAGCAGCUCAGCUCCCCGGCAAAAAAGGAAGGUGGCAGCAGCCCUGUGAGCGGCAAGGAUAUGGAUGUUUCCACCUCCAAGACCCAGCUGACCCCACUCUCCAAGGAGGGGGAUGUCAAGGACAUGAUUCUGCGGGACCGGGAGACCUCCAACAUCGAGACCCUCCCCUCGGACUCCCCCAAGGAGGAGCCACGCCCACCCAGGCCCAGCACCCCACCCUCCAAGCCUGUGGCCUUUGAGGACUUCAAGAACGAGCGAGGUAGUGAGAUCAACCGCAUCUUCAAAGAAAACAAGUCCAUCUUGAACGAGCGGAGGAAAAGGGCCAGUGAGACCACGCAGCGCAUCAACGUCAUCAAGAGGGAGAUGGACGUCGCCAAGGAGGGGCUCAGUGCCCAGAGGUCCCUGCGGGAGAAGCAAGGUGAGUAUGAGAAGAAGGGGCUGAUUAUCAUCGAUGAAGAGGAGUUCCUGCUUAUCCUGAAGCUCAAAGACCUCAAGAAGCAGUACCGUGCGGAGUAUCAGGACCUGCGUGACCUGAGGGCUGAGAUCCAGUACUGCCAGCACCUGGUGGACCAGUGUCGCCACCGCCUGCUCACAGAAUUUGAAAUCUGGUACAACGAGUCCUUCUUCAUCCCCGAGGACUUGCAGGCGGCCCUGAAGCCGGGCAGCAGCAUCCGGCCAGGCAUGGUGCCCGUCGGCAGGAUUGUGUCUCUGGGAGAAGACGACCAGGACAAGUUCAGCCAGUUGCAGCAGGACGUGCUGCCCGAGGGCCCGGAGUCCAUCUCCUUCUACAACGCCAAGGUCAAGAGAGAACAGAAGCACAGCUACUUGAAAUCCACGCUGGGCCUCUCGAAGGCACAGAGGAAGUAGGGGCUCCUCGCAGCGCCCCCUGCCUGCUCCAGGGGAGCUGCCCACCACCCGCCCGGUCCGGCCAGUCUGCUCCAGGCUGGCCCAGCCCAGAGGACACGCAGCGGCCGGCCUGCCAGGAGGGACAUCCCCCAGAGGGGGCUCAUCUUCACAGGACGCCUCCGGUUUCGAUUCACUGUCUCAUAUGCAGGGACCAGAUAAAACGGCUUAUCGUC